UCUGGUCAUGCAUACAUUAUACAGUUGUGUUUUAAAGACGAAGAUCUGGAAUUUCGUUCAGUUUCUUCUUCGUUUUUCUUCGGUUUCGUUCUGUGAGAUCGGUGAGGAGGAAGACGAAAUCAUGUUUUUGUUCGAUUGGUUCUACGGAAUCUUGGCGUCGUUAGGGUUAUGGCAGAAAGAGGCGAAAAUCUUGUUUCUCGGGCUCGACAAUGCCGGAAAAACCACGUUACUUCACAUGCUCAAAGACGAGAGAUUAGUUCAGCACCAGCCGACACAACAUCCAACGUCUGAGGAACUUAGCAUUGGCAAAAUCAAGUUCAAGGCUUUUGAUUUGGGAGGCCAUCAGAUUGCAAGAAGAGUUUGGAAAGAUUACUAUGCCAAGGUUGAUGCUGUUGUCUACCUCGUGGAUGCUUAUGACAAGGAGAGAUUUGCAGAGUCAAAAAGAGAGCUAGACGCUCUUCUGUCGGAUGAAGCCCUUGCAACUGUCCCGUUUCUGAUUCUCGGAAACAAGAUUGACAUCCCUUAUGCAGCCUCAGAAGACGAGCUUAGGUAUCACUUGGGUCUCACCAACUUCACCACCGGUAAAGGAAAAGUAACGCUUGGAGACUCAGCUGUUCGGCCACUCGAGGUCUUCAUGUGCAGCAUUGUCCGCAAAAUGGGCUACGGCGAGGGAUUCAAAUGGCUAUCUCAGUACAUCAACUAAAGACAUCAUCAUCAUCAUUUUUUUUUAUAUAUAUCAAAACCAAACUCAAGAACAUUUUUUCUACAAUUUGUCUCUUUGAGCUAAAAGCAUUUAUGAACUUUUUCCAAACUUGUUUAUGUUUCGGUUUCGGUUCACAUUUUUGUCUACUGCUUGUGUUUUAUUCAACAUUAUCCUUAAGUUAGACAACCACCCUUUUUGUAUGUACUUACUUAAAAGUUGAUCGGUUUUAUGGAUUUUAGGCU